GGGGGCAGGAGGAGUUCCAGGAGUCUCCACCUCAGCAGCUUGUCAGAACCAGGAGCGACGUGGACCGCCUGGGACCAGAGAGGAUGAAGCAAACCACGUUCCUGCUGGUGUUUGUAGUUCUACUGAACAUCUGCUGGGCUCAGCUGGAGUCUGGCGGUGAGGAGGUGGUUGUAGAGGAGGAAGAACAUGUGGAACUCUUCACGACACCAAAGACCAAAAUGGGGGCAGCCAUCUCAGACUUUGGCUACAAUCUGUUCCGCGCUCUGGCCAGCCACGAAGCUUCAGCCAACAUCUUCCUGUCCCCCAUCAGUGUGUCUGCAGUGCUGACUCAGCUAUCCAUGGGUGGCUCAGAGCAGGCCCAGAGGCAGCUGUACCGAGCCCUCAGGUACCACACCCUGCAGGAUGCUCAGCUUCACAACACCCUAAAAGACCUGCUGACUUCAGUAAAGACAUCAGGGAAAGGCCUCAGCAUGGCGGCGCGCCUCUACAUGGCUCGGCGACUUCGUCCGAAGCAGGACUUCUUCAAGGUGGUUGAGCAGCAGUAUGGAGUACGCCCUAAAGCCUUACUGGGAGGUGCUAAAGACCUGAAGGAGGUCAAUGACUGGGUGUCUCAACAGACAGGAAGGAAGGUGCAGCAGUUCCUGAGCAAGCCCUUGCCCCGGACCUCUGGCGUUAAUGCUGUGAGCUCCACCUACUUCAAAGGAAGGUGGGUGACCCGCUUUAGUCAGAGUGGAACGCUGGAGAAUUUUCAGGUUGAUGGUGGGACACCAGUCCAGGUUCCCAUGAUGCAACAGGAUAACUACCCUGUGAAGAUGGGAGUGGACUCGGACCUGCGCUGCACUAUCGCCCAGGUCCAGAUGCAGGAUGACAUUAGCAUGUUUGUGUUCCUGCCUGAAGACGUGACAACAAACACCACCCUGUUGGAGGAGAGUCUGACUGCAGAGUUUGUGCAGGACCUCUCCAUGGCCCUCCAACCAGCCCAGUUGUCCCUGCUUCUGCCUAUCCUGAGGCUCAGCUUUUCCACAGACCUGCUGCCAUUACUGGGUGACCUUGGUCUCUCAGAGUGGCUGGAAAACCCAGAACUGGAUGACAUCUCGAUCCAACCCGCCAAACUAAGCAGUGUACAUCACAAGGUUGUCAUGGAGAUGGCGCCUGAGGGAAACCAGUAUCCCGUUGCUACCUUGGAACCAUCUCACCUGACUUACCGAGUGGACCGACCCUUUAUUUACCUGAUCAGAGAUGAGCCAUCAGGAGCACUGCUCUUUAUCGGCAAGGUGGUCAACCCCAAGGACCUGACAAUAUAACACACACACACACACACACACACACACACACACACACACACACACACACACACACACACACACACACACACACACACACGCACGCACGCACGCACGCACGCACGCACACACACACACACAGCGCAUAACUAAACACACAUAUAUAUGCUGUAUAUAUAAAAUCACACACACACACACUUCUAGCAGGCCCUAGGAGGGACUCUGGGACUGUCCUCAAGGACGUCUCUGCUGCGGUUCUUGUACUGGUCCAACAGGGGGCAACAGCUGCUUGGGUUUGACAUCACUGAAAUGUUUUUGCUUCUGUUUUAGAGCUUUUGUCUCUUUUAUAGUUCCUAAUGAAUGAUCAGAAAUCCUCAAACCAAAUUCAUCUAAAUCCUGAAACUGGGAAUUCUAGGAGAAGAACCUCUGAUCCCAGACCUGCAGGGCUUCUUCUGACAGCUGGGUUCAGCAUGAGCUCUGUGAUGAACCUGACCUUUGGACUGACACUGUUUCCUUGGAUCAGAACUGUUGGACCUCACAGUUGUCGGUGAGGUUCAUAGGCUUUGGUUCCAGAACCAGAACCAACUCACUCAGUGUUCUCACACAACAUUGUGUUUUAAACCUGUAUGUUGGGCGUGGCUAACAGCUGUCACUCAAGAUGUGCUGCUCUGCUGUAAGAUCUGAUGUUAUCAUUAUAAAUAAAAGCACAAAAGCAUGCAUUAGAAGAUA